AUGUAUAUUUGCUAUGCUGGAUUAAAAGUAGGUUUCAAUGAGGGUUGUAGACCUUUAAUUGGGUUGGAUGGCUGCCACAUUAAAGGUGUACAUCCAGGACAACUUUUAACAACAGUUGGAAUAGAUGGGAAUAACCAAAUGUAUCCUAUAGCAUUUGCUGUUGUUGAGAAAGAAAAUAAGGAUUCAUGGAGCUGGUUUCUGGACCUAUUGAAGGUAGACUUCAAAAUUGAAAACUCAAACCAUUUGAGCUUUAUUACAGACAAGCAAAAACGUUUAGAGCAAGCCUUGAAGGGUUUGUGGGAUGAGGGUGUACCUGAGGCCGAGCACAGGCAUUGUGCAAGGCAUCUAGAGAAGAAUUUCAACAAAGUUUUCAGGGAUAAAACCUUGAAAGACCUUUUAUGGAAAGUUGCAAGAGAGGUAACUAUUAGGAGAUUCGAAGCUGUGAUGUUGGAGAUCAAAUCAAUUGAUGAGGAAGCAUACAACUGGUUAUUGGAUGCAGGUCCACAUCACUGGAGUAGAUCACACUUUAGAACUCAACCUAAGUGUGAUAUACUUGUAAAUAACAUGUGUGAGGGAUUCAAUGGUACAAAGUCAAUAUUGGCAGCCAGAGAUAGACCAAUAUUGUCGAUGUUGGAGCGUAUUAGGAUGUACAUGAUGCAAAGGCUCACUAAAAAUAGGCAUUCAGUUAUAAUGUGGGAGUCUAACAUUGCACGAAGGGUCGCAACUGUUCUUGAAAAGAACAAGGUAGAAGCUGGAAGUCACAUUCCCACCAAAGGGAGUGAAUUUAUGUACCAGGUGAUGAACAUGUACGGGGGCAUGUACUCUGUCGAUUUGGAAAAUUGGGUCUGCUCUUGUAGAAGAUGGGAACUCACUGGUAUUCCAUGUAGCCAUGCUGUUGCUGCUAUUUGGCAUAAAAGAGAGGAUCCAGUGACAUAUGUCUCGAAAUAG